AUGUGGUACUACUUUGUCGUCGGGCUAACCAUCGCCAUCUGUUGCCCCGGUUCGAUUAAUGCUGACUCUUCUUUAUCGGUGGAGCAGGUGAUUUCACGAGUGAACCGUGGGCCAUGGUCAGCAUCUCGGAGCCGUAGCAACACGGGAGGCGCACGGAUCGUCGGUGGAAUCGAGACGAGCAUUGAGGCGGUUCCGUAUCAGGUGUCGUUGCGGUAUUUGAAUAAGCACAUGUGCGGUGGAUCAAUCAUAUCCCACUCGUGGAUCUUGACGGCCGCUCACUGCCUCGACUGGUAUCCAAACAAUGACCAGAUUACAGUUCACACCGGAAGUACGCGGCAAACGGCAGGCGGAACUCUCCAUACAGUGUUUUACUACCAUCUGCACCCUCAGUACGACAUGGAAGAGUUCCAGUGGGACGUGGCGACGAUUCGGGUGCACUCGGUGCUGGUGGGCCCGGCCUCGGUUGCCAUUGGACUUCCCGUUGCACAGGAAUGGACGAUCGGUAGAAACGUGACGGUGACGGGUUGGGGUUACGCCGUACCGUACGGUGAUGUAGUUGACACGCUGCGAAUGGUUCAGCUUGUAGCCAUCUCCGCGGAAGUCUGCAAUAAUACGUGGACCGGCUACAUCAUGGAGGACAUGAUUUGUGCCGGUGGUCAGCGAGAGGAUGCUUGCGACGGUGACAGCGGAGGGCCGGCGGUGCAGGACGGCAUCCAAUAUGGGAUUGUGUCGUGGGGUGCGAACGACUGCGGCAACGGAAUGCCCGGAGUGUUCACCAAUCUAGCGCAUCCCAGUAUACGCACGUUCAUCUACCGUACCACGAUGAUAUAA